UCACCUUCCCUCAAAAAAAUAUAAAAAAAUAUAAAAAAUAAAAGAAGGGAGGGAGGCUUCACCUUAUAAAUACUGCACACCAAUCAUCAUUUUCCCUCAUCUUUCUUCAUCUUCUUUACUCAUAUUCAUCACCAACAAAAAAUGGCUUUAACCUUACGUUCUGCAAAUUGUUUCCUCACAGGUCUUAAAAGCCUAAAAACUUCUGAAGAUUUCACAAAUGUAAUAUGUAUUACACGAAUCAACCCGUCAUAUCGUGUUCGUGCAAUCAGUUCCUUACAGGCAGAACACUACGCACCUGAGAAGAUGUCAAGCUUAGGGUUAGAAAAAAGCAAUGAGAAAUGGGAGAAACUCCAUGAAUUGACAGGUCAUCCUCAAUCGAAUAAUAGGAAGGUGCCGGUGUUCGUGAUGCUUCCUUUAGACACGGUAUCUGUUAAUGGAAGCUUAAACAAGGCACGGGCAAUGAAUGCCAGUCUAAUGGCACUAAAAACUGCAGGUGUUGAAGGAGUAAUGGUGGAUGCAUGGUGGGGUUUAGUCGAGAAAGACGGGCCUCAAAAGUAUAACUGGGAUGGCUAUAUUGAGCUAGUGAAGAUGGUACAAAAGCAUGGUUUAAAGCUUCAAGUAGUUAUGUCUUUCCACCAAUGUGGAGGAAAUGUGGGAGACUCGUGCAGUAUUCCUUUACCACAAUGGGUAUUAGAAGAAAUCAGCAACAACCCUGAUCUUGUCUACACAGACAGAUCGGGCAGGAGAAAUCCAGAGUAUAUUUCCUUAGGCUGUGAUUCGCUGCCAGUGCUCAAGGGAAGAACACCCAUUCAGGUCUACUCUGAUUACAUGAGGAGCUUCCGCGAGAAAUUCAAAGAUUAUUUGGGCAAAGAUAUUGUGGAAAUUCAAGUAGGAAUGGGACCAUGUGGGGAGCUAAGAUAUCCAUCUUACCCAGAAAGCAAUGGCACCUGGAGAUUUCCAGGGAUUGGAGAAUUUCAGUGCUAUGACAAGUAUAUGAAAGCAUCAUUACAAGCAGCAGCUGAGGCAUUUGGAGAGCAAGAAUGGGGAAAAAGUGGCCCACAUGAUUCAGGCCAUUACCAACAGUAUCCAGAAGACACGGGAUUCUUCCGCAGAGACGGAACAUGGAGUACAGCAUAUGGACAGUUCUUCCUAGAGUGGUACAGCGCUAAACUAAUUGAGCAUGGCGAGAACAUUCUUGCAGCUGCUCAUGGAGUGUUCAAGGAUACUGGGGUCAAACUGUCCGGGAAAGUAGCAGGAAUUCAUUGGCAUUACAAAACCAGAUCUCAUGCAGCUGAAUUAACAGCAGGAUAUUACAAUACAAGAGAUCGAAACGGCUACCUACCAAUAGCUAGAAUGUUCGCUAAACAUGACGUCGUUCUAAACUUUACAUGCAUGGAAAUGAAGGAUGGGGAGCAACCAGAUCAUGCAAACUGCUCUCCUGAAGGUCUAGUGAAGCAAGUAAAAUCUGCAACCCAAAAAGCUGGAAUAGAACUUGCUGGAGAAAACGCUUUGGAGAGAUAUGAUGCAAGUGCGUUUGGACAGGUUUUAGCAACCAGCAAGUCACACUCAGGAAGUGAAUUGAGUGCUUUUACAUAUUUAAGGAUGAAUAAAAGGUUGUUUGAAGAAGAUAAUUGGAGGCAUUUGGUAGAGUUUGUAAAGAGCAUGUCUGAAGAUGGUCAAAACCAAAGACUCUCAUCGAGUGACUCAAGCAGGACGGACCUAUAUGUAGGAUUCUUAAAAGAGAAGAGCAUUCAGAAGAAUGAGCACGUUCUUGUAUAAAAUGUAAGCACUGCUGUGUAUUUGGUACAAACUAGCACACUCUUAUACUAUGAAAGGGUAAAUACAAAAUCAAAUAGUAUAGAGCAUGAGUUAACAAUGUAUACAUGCCUAUUUUAAGGCAGCCUCGAGAUAAAUAAGUGUUAAGACACAUUCCUUAAUCAA